AUGUUGGUGUUGAUAACGCUUUUAUUAGCUUCUUUGGUCUCCCUAUGGCUGUGGCUGAAAUUCCAUUUUUCCUAUUGGCAAAGACGCGAUGUUCCCCAUAAUGAACCUCAAAUACCUGCGGGCAAUAUGCAUGAGUGGAUGCGUACCAAACAUUUUGCCCAAAUAUUUCGCGAGACCUAUGAGAAAUUCAAGGGAACCGGACCAUAUGCGGGUUUCUAUUUUCAUAUGCAAAAGGCUGUUUUAGUCAUGGAUCCCGAAUUGGCUAAAAAUAUUCUAAUUAAGGAUUUUUCCACAUUCGAUCGGCGAGGUCUAUUUCACAAUGCCAAAGAUGACCCCCUGACGGCUAAUCUAUUCUCCUUGGAUGGUCCAAAAUGGAAAAUGCUAAGAGCUAAACUUUCACCCACCUUUACUUCGGGCAAGAUGAGGUUCAUGUAUCCCACUGUGGUCAAGGUGGGAGAACAAUUGGGAAAAUUGUUUGAGGAGUUGUUGAAGCAGCCUCCCCAUAGUCAGGUAAUGGAAAUCACUGAUAUUUUGGGACGCUUUACAGCCGAUGUUAUAGGUGAGUGUGCCUUUGGCCUGGAUUGCAAUAGUCUGAAAGAUCCCUCGGCGGAGUUUUGUGUUAUGGGUCGCAAGUUCUUCACCCAACGUCGCCAUGGCAGCAUUGUGGAUGGAUUGAUACAUGCCUUUCCGGAAAUUGCCCAAAAAUUGGGUAUGCGGGUAAUCCACCAAGAAGUUCAUGAAUUCUAUAUGGGCAUAGUCCAACAGACCAUUGCAUAUAGAGAGAGCCAUAAUGUGAAACGUUCUGAUUUUAUGGAUAUGCUGAUAGAGCUGAAAAACCAAGUGGAUGCAGAUGGUAGAGAAAAUUUCACUAUGGAGGAAUUAACGGCUCAGGCCUUUGUAUUUUUUGUGGCUGGCUUUGAUACCUCCUCCACCACCAUGAGUUAUGCCUUAUACGAAUUGGCCCAACAGCCGGAAGUGCAGGAAAAACUAAGACAAGAAAUUGAGAAGGUGCUGGAGAAACAUCAGCAGCAGUUUACCUAUGAGUGUAUGAAGGAUAUGAAAUAUUUGGAACAGGUGAUAUCGGAAACCUUGCGCAAAUAUCCUGUGGCCCCUGCCUUAUUUCGCAAAUCCACUGCUCAUUACCAGACAAGUGAUCCCAAAUAUUCCAUUCAAAAAGGCACCAUGAUCAUUAUACCCUCAGAGUGCUUUCAUCAUGAUAGCGAAUAUUUCCCACAACCUGAGAAAUUUGAUCCAGAGCGUUUUUCAACAGACCAUGUCGCAAGUAUUAAACCUUGCACCUAUCUGCCAUUUGGCGAAGGUCCUCGAAAUUGCAUAGGCAUGCGUUUUGGUCGCAUGCAAGCCAGUAUAGGCUUGGUACAGUUACUAAGAAAAUUCAGAUUUAGUGUUUGUAAGGAAACGAAAAUACCAGUGGACUUUGUUAUACCCAGCUUCAAUUUAAAUCCUUUGGGUGGUAUUACCUUGAAUUUUUCCAAGGAAUCAAAAAAGGUGUUGUGCUGA